GCGGAUCAUACACCGUUUCUUUCCAUUCCGGAAACUGAGCGACAUCGUUCUCAAGCGCUUCGAGUUCCUUCAUUGGUUCUCCGACAAAUUUGUCGUACUGCUUGAUCCACAGCUGCAGUUGGACGAGAAAUCUUCCAAGAAAAGAUCCAAAAUCCACCGCGUCAACGGAACAAAAGAAGCCGGCCAAGCCGCCCAGGAAGCCAAGAGAGCGAAGGUAUCUUGCACCGGAAAAUGGCUUCAUUAAGGUCCCCAAUCCCCGGCAGACGAAUCGUGCUCAAGGCCUUGCCGAGGCAACCGUAGCUCGUGGGCCUCAUUGCGAGUUCCUUGGAAAUUCGUUGCCGUUGGAAGAGCAUUAGACGAAGAAAAGCUCGAAGGAGCAGCGGCAGCAUAGAAUACCUUCGGCGCUGCCUACAAAAAGUGACAUCAAAGUGAGAUCUAUAAAUAACCAGCAGCAGCAUCAACAUCAGAACAUCCUGGCCACAGUGUUAUUUUUGUGGUUCCAGCCCAGAGUCUCGAGCAAGGAAAAGUCACAAUCAUAACGUCUUGAGGAAUUCGUGCCAAACUUUGGUAUGCGUGAACGCUUGAAAAAUCAUCUUCAAAAGUAUCCCAUGCGACAGGGGCGUAAUUUGCGGCACAACACAAGCACACAAGCCCUUCCCACAUGCUUCAAGUGUCCACGUGGCCAUAACGAAGUAUAUUGCAGUAGUUUUAUCGUCCCAUCAGCCCCUGUACCAGCAGCAGCGGUACCAGAGGCCACUUUAGUGCCAAUUGCGGGCCGAAGCUGCUCAUUUUAGUGUGAUAAGAGUAAUAACAAUAACUAUAAUAAUAAUAAUCACUUUUGUUUAAAACAAUGAACAAGAGUCGAAAGUCGUGUCCGUCGUCGGCAGCAUCCGCCCGUCGCCAGUUGAUGAAACAUGUAAUCAUAAAUGUGUCAUGUUUGUUAAUUAUAUGCACAGCUGCCAACGGUGUCACCGCAACGCCUACAGCCACCACAACGGAAACGAGAGUGGUGGCAGAUGGCCAUGGGAAGUGUGAUGACAACAGUGCCAAAGUUCAAUCGAUUCUUGGCGCCGGAAACAGACCAGACAAUAAGCAGCACCAGCCACCACCCUUUGUACAUAGAAAUUUGAUGCUCGAGCGAGGAUUUCAUGAGAAUAGCCACGAUAAAACUUUAUCUCCCGUAAAGUCUGAUUACAAUGUUAAGGAUUUCCAGAGCAAACGUGAGUCUCGGUUCAGCACGAUCCGGUGGAAACGGAGUUCUGCUGGAAACAUUAGUACAAAUAGCAAUUUUAAUAUUCUAAACUUGUCCAACAAAAACCUAAGUAAUGCGAAUCACUUAGCAGCGGAGUUGGCCAACUACAGCCUUAGGCGGAGUAAUUACGAGAUUAGCCACUACUACAAUCUCAGUGACAUCAGUGCACUGGACCUGUCGAGGAACAAUCUGUCGGAGGGUCUGCCGGACCAGCUGCAGACAAAGUUUUCCAUACUUUUGUGGUUGGACAUGUCGGAGAAUAAGCUCACCACAACAGAAUGGCUGCGGAACAUACCCACUCUCAAGUACUUGAAUUUGUCGUGCAAUCAUUUAACGACCUUCUCCAGCACCCAUCUGGCCCAACUGACUCGGCUUGACCUGUCGAGCAAUGCCAUCGCUAAUAGUUCGGCCCUCACCCCACUGGCACUCCGUAAUCUGACCGACCUGGACCUGAGUUGCAACCAGCUGGAGACGAUAGACAAAGGUCUCUUCUUUCACACCCGCGCGCUCCAACGGUUGGACAUUUCCGGCAACGCAAUCAAGCGGCUGAAUCGUUCCAUUUUCUACAAUCUUAUCAACCUCGAGCAUCUGAACCUCGCCGGAAAUAGGAUCGACGUUAUUGAAAAUGACACGUUCUCCUAUCUGCUGAAUCUGCAAUUGGACCUGUCGCAGAACGAAAUCGGUCACUCCAUCCGGGCGCUGCAGGGCAUUCCGGCACUGAUUGGACUAUCGUUGGCACACAACGCCCGGCUCGGCACCGUUAUGCACGAGUUUGUGGCAUCCUGGAGUCUAAAAGAGCUGGACGCCAGUGGAACCGGGCUGUGCCGCAUCCCGACGGCACUGGCCCAGUCAGUGAAAUCGCUGAAGCUGGCCAACAAUUUGCUAAAUGUAAUUCGAAGCGGCGAUCUGGACAGCUACCCCCUGCUCCAGCAGCUCAUUCUUUCAGACAAUCUGAUUUCGGACAUCGAGGACGAUGCGCUCGGCCGGCUAGAACUGCUCUCGACCCUCUUCCUUGACCGUAACCAGCUGGUGCGCGUCCCGGUCAGUCUCCCCUCCAAUCUGAACCAUCUCCACCUGCAGAACAACGCGAUCUACGAGUUGCAGCCGGGAGUGUUCAGGAAUCUGAAGAAUCUAAGGACGCUCAAUUUAGCGGGAAAUAGAAUCGCUUACUUGCCGGAACUGCCCCUGCCCGGGCUUGUUCUGCUAAACGUUCAACGCAAUGACCUGAAAGGGUUAAGCCAAUCGGUGGUGAAAACGUCGCCCAAUUUGAGCGAGUUUUUGCUGGAAAAUAAUCCGGUCCGGUGUGCCGAUUUGCUCGGAAUCGCUGAGUGGGCCAAACCGUGCCGGGACGAGAUGCUGUUUGAGGACAGCAAAGAUAGUGACGGCGAUGACAGCGGAGAUGAGUUUGAAAUUUUCGGUAGAUUUACGACCGGCGGUCGUCGGAGCAGGUGUACCCGGGAAUCGGGCAGGACUCCGGCAAAAAUGGCGACGAAAAUUGCGCUGCUCAAAUCACAGUGCCGGAAUGAAAAUUUAAUUAACCCGAACGCACCAAAUCGCCUUAAAAGCGAUCAAACAACCGUGAAGCAUCCAUUAGAGGGCGAUAAAAUCGACCCAACCGCGGCCGCGGCCCCUGCUCCGAAAAUUGGCAUGAUGAAUGAUAAGCCGCGGAGUAGAGAGGGCGCUAAGAACGGUUUAUUAAAGAAUUUUACGAUGAUUACCGAUGGUGCUGCCGCGGUGGCUAACGACCGAAACAAAGUAAACGUCAACGGGACGAAGAAGGCGGUGAAUUUGGAUGUAAAUUUGAGCGCGAAAAGUUUUGGGAACGCUACAACAGGAGAAGGGAUGCCAGUACUGCAGCGCAAUUUUCAUAAUAACACGAUUAGCGAUGCGAAUCGAGAUAAAGCGGUGAACGGAGCGAAGAAAGUCACCAUUUCGACACCGAAGAAGAAAGUUCCGCAAAAGAAGAAGAUUCCACUCAAGACCGCCACUCCGGCAGCGGACCCUAAUCCGAUGGCAAACAAUGAUAAAUUAGGGAAUAGUUCAAGUGUAAACAAAGUCGUCAAUUUAACAGCAAUAACGGCGAUUGUUAACGUAACUGGAAACGAACGUGACGAAGCGAGUGAUAAGAGUGAUACGGAGGAGAAAAAAGCCAACAGAAAUAGCUUAAUUCAAACUGAUUCGAUGGCACGGACGAGUCCCGCCAGCUUGGAGCAACCGGCAACGGCAAGGACGAGUGACAAAUUGGUAGAAAUAACAGUGACGACGACGACGGUGCUGCCAUCCUCCUCGACGUUGACCUCGAAGUUGAUGCUGGAAAAAUACGACCAGACCUCGACGACGACGAUGGGGACACAAACGACAACAAACGAGUCCGGGCGUCACUCCUCCUUCAUCAGCAAUAAAAACAACUCUGUCGGUGACGACAACGACCACGUUGAGCAAACAGACACCGCCGAAGGCAAUUUGGAACGGAACAUCCCACCCAGUACAACGCCACUGCCGCCAGUGUCUACGAGCACAACCCGCAGAAAGGUCCCGCGAAAGAGUUACAAUGUAACGGGCAAGACCCGCAAAAAUGUAAAUCAUAUGAAGAUGAAAUUAAAAUUUAACCGCGAUCAACUGCACGACGACGAGUUCCGGGAUGAUUUUGACAUUGACAGCAUGGGUCCACUCGGCGGGUAUGACCACGGAGGAACGUCCCACGGCAGAAAGGGCGCUAGUAAAUUCUCCAUCUACGACAGCAUCUAUCUGGCAUCACUGAAAAAUGCCAACUUCAAGCCAUUCCAUCAUGCCGUGCACGUACUAAACUCGUCCCGGACGGCGACUCCUUCCGCUGAAGCUAGUAACACCGAUCCACUACGUAUUCCGGCCACGUCCGUGGAAACGUCGUCAAAAAUUCUACCACAAGAAUGGAAUGAUGUACGGCCGGUGUCAAGUGGUGGCUCUCAUUACGGACUAUUCAUUGUGGUCGGGGCCACCCUCGGUAUGCUAAUCUCGUUCGGAUUGUUCCAUCUCUAUUAUUGUCGUGUACGGGGCCGAGGCCGGGGUCAACAUCUGCACGGACAUCACCCCCAUUACCGGCCAGCCCACGCCAGUGGAAUGGGAUCAUGCAGCAGCAAUCAUAAUUCUACUCAUCAUCGCUAUUCAUACGCAUUCGAACAGGAUGACAGUGACGAACGGCUAACCUACACGAUAUCGACCUCGGUGCUGGACACUCCGGACGAUGCAGGCUCUACGGUCCAUCACCAGCAGCAGCAAGACGUCCUCCAUAUGGACGUCCUAAAUCCACUCAAAUCAAAACCAUUGUUGGGGAAUUUAAGCAGUGGUAGCAGCAGUCGGAGUAGUAGCACCGGCGGCAGUGCUGCCAGUAGCUGCUUCGACGGCCACAGUCCGACGGCAUCCGGUGGAGGUGGUGAGCUGCGGCUUAGUCCGCGGUCGACGAAUCCAAAUGACAACAGCAGCAGAAAUCAUCCCAAUACUUCCAAUAAACAUAAUGACCUAGCGCGAGUAUCGCACCGGGACGGUACCAUCGAUAGGUGGUGACGGCGAUGACAAAGACGGCGACAGCUUCAUUAUUCUACAAUUAACGAUGCGUCGUACAGUGUGUUUGAGUGAGAGGGUUCAGAUUUUUCAUUAACUCCCCUAGCACUGUAUGUGGAUUGGAUUCUAACCCCAUCCGAGGAUCAAUCAGAAGCGGGAGGGAGAGUAAAAAAGGGAAAUUUAUUUCAAUCAAACAAAUGCUUCCGAUUCGUUUUCACCACAAUACCGCUCUUGAAAGGAAGUGAGGUUUUGACUGGAUCCGAUUCCAUUAUUUUUGAAGGAGGGAAGAGUAUAUUUCGAGCACAAAACAUAUUAAAUCUAAACUUCUGGUCGUUUUAAGUUUUCUUACAGGACAAACAGACAAGCCCUUUAUUAAAAAAAUCACAAAUCUGGAGUUUUUAUUUUGAAAAGGUCCAAUAAACCAAAUUUUCAGUUUUUGCUUUUUGGGUGUUUUUUUAAAUACCCCUGA